AUGGGUAAUAAAAAGACAGGGCCCGAUGUAUUCGGUAAAGCUUUGGAAGAUACCCUCGCUGGAUCGAAGAGUGAGCGACGCUCGUCUUCUACUCGGUCUCUCUCUCAAACUGCCCUACUUGAGGCAUAUAAUGAGCUAGAGAAACGCAUCAAAAGGCCCUUCGCCUGUGGCGGUACCAUUAACAUCACCGAUAAUCAAGAUUCCAGGCCAAAAGCCAAAAAGCAGAAAAGAAAUGCGAUCCCGGGAAAGACCUCCCCUCCUGUCAGGUUAUUCUGGGCGACGGAGACCGGCGCAACUGCACAUAAACUAGUCUUACCAGCUGACAGCACUUCGGUACUCCAGAAGCUUAUCAAGGAUUGCGUGCCCGCGACAUUUGGUAGAGGGAAAAAGGACGUCUUGGACCCUGAAUACCGAAGGGCAGUCAAAAUGGACCCCAACAACUUCGCUACUAGUUUCCACCCAGCGAAUUUUGGGAUUGUUGAAAACGUGGAGCGGAUCCUCCUUCCAAGAAUAAACACUGAAAAGCAAAACAGCUUAGGGUUUCGAAAACUCCGUGUUGAGUUAUACAGUCUGAAUGUAUACUCCGGCCCAUCCGGCCUGUUUCGCAAACAUGUGGAUACACCACGCUCUAAAAGCCAGAUCGGCUCGUUGGUUGUCUGUCUACCUUCGAAGUUCAAGGGAGGGAGACUCACUGUCCAACAUGCUAGGCAGCACAGUAAAUUUGACUGGAGCACCCUAAGCGACGCUGCCAUACAGUGGGCCGCAUUUUACAGUGAUUGCAAGCAUGAGAUUGAGACCGUCACUGAGGGUGAGCGCCUUACACUGACCUAUAACCUAUACGUGACAGAACCGCUGGGUGUCUUCUCUGCGCCGAACAAUAUUAUCCAACCCAAAUCAUUACCUCUAUACGGCUUCUUGGAGGGUCUUAUUGCUGAGCCUGCUUUCAUGAGACUAGGCGGAGUUCUCGGGGUCUAUUGCUCCCAUGCUUAUCCCCACAGCUCUGAACACGCAAGUGAUAUGCUUCCAAUUGGUCUGAAAGGGGCAGAUUUGGUGGUAUACUCUGUGCUCGAAUCUCUUGGCAUGAAAGUAAAGGUACUCCCUGUUCUAAAUAAAAACCAAGGGCCGGUGAAAACUGUGGGAAAGAAAUUAUGGGGAUGUAGCAUGAACCACCAGGAGGUAGACUGGGGGUAUUACACAAUUGACAAGCUACUCGAUGGUGCCUGGGACGCUUACCGCACCAAGGACAUUACCUGGAUCUCUAACCCAAAGCACUUGGAGCUGGCCUUGGCAUAUCCCACUUACGGCAACGAACCCAGUCUCGACACUGCCUACUCAUAUGCUGCCAUUCUUGCCAUCAUUCCCCCGUUUGACCAGCGAAGCGGUUCGGCGGAGUCAUCUUAG